AUGCUCAGCAACCAAUCCAUGCGAGCCAGUCUCAAGGUGGCACCUCUUACUAUCAACAAAUCUCGAACCGAUUUAUCUGGAGAUGCUUCAUCGACCUCAGAGAACGACACCAGCCUCUACUCACAAUCACAAAUGACACCACCCGCUACUCCAAACGGCUCGCAGGAAGACCUGUCACCCGCUCCCUCACCUCAGUACACUCCUCCUCCAGUCUUCCACAACUUCCUGCGAGCCUUUUAUCCUUUUAACCCUAGCUAUGUUAUGACCGACUCGAGCGUGACGUUGCCUCUUAACGAGGGCGACGUCGUGUUAGUGCACUCUAUCCACACCAAUGGAUGGGCUGACGGUACAUUGCUCAUCUCUGGUGCCCGAGGAUGGCUACCAACCAACUACUGCGAGGCCUACGAGCCUGAUGAUAUGUGCAGCCUGCUAAAGGCUCUUUUGAACUUUUGGGAUUUGCUUAGAAGUACAUCCGUCAAUGACAAGGAGAUCUUCGGUAACCAGGAGUUUAUGAAGGGUAUCAUUGCGGGUGUUCGAUUCUUAUUGGAACGAACAAACUGCCUAAAUAAAGAUUCCCUGUGCAUUACAAGGAGCGAUGCAUUGCGCAAGUGCCGCAAAUCUCUUCUGUCAGAGCUUUCAUCACUAGUCAAAACUGCUAAGCGGCUGCAAGAGACACAACGCCUGGAAAUUACUCCCGUGGAAGAUGUAAAUGACAUAAUCGACGAGAUGAUUCUCAAGGCGUUUAGAAUUGUGACAAAGGGUGUCCGCUUUUUGGAUAUACUUGAAGAGGAUCGAAGGGCACGUGCACCUGCAGCUGUAACUGUCAUGGAUACAGUUCAGGAAGAAUCAAGUGUUCCUCCAACACCACCCGCUGAUCAGUCGACUUUUGAUGAACAAAGCCAACGAAGCCCCAUUGAUAGUGAUUCUCAGACUGCCGCUAGUGUCGCUGCUUCUGAAUCGAGCGAUGCCACACAGGUAUCAACAUCAAUAUUCUCGAAACGACUAUCGUCACUCAGCUCUCGCACAGGCCCAAGCUCGCAUAGAUUAUCUCAAGGAAGUCUUGCACAAGCGCACCGCUUAUCAGCUACAAUUUCCCACAGAGUCUCGCUCGCUGGACCCUCGUCAGUCUCGCGAGCUCACCAUCUUGUCACUGAACGUCUUAACCGCAGCCACGACACUUUCCUCUCCCAUUUGGGUUCUUUCAUCGGGCGCCUGCAUCUUCAAUCCCAAUCCCGCCCCGAACUAGCUUCAGCUAUCCGCCAGUCCGCAUUAUCUGGUGGAGAAUUACUUGCCGUAGUUGACGGUGUUUAUGACCACAUUAACUCAAGCUCAGAGGCUCUCGCCCAGGCUCGAUCCACUAUGUUUGCACGAAUCCAAGACCUCGUCUUUUCUGGCCGCGAUACCCUGGUCAGCGCUUCCUCUGAGGAUGCUGACUUGAUCAUGCCCCACGACAACACACUACUUCUUGCGUCCGCUACAGGCUGUGUUCGAGCCGCCGGUGAUUGCGUUGCCAAGGCAAAGUCAGCAAUCGAACGCAUCGGCGAUUUCGAAUUCGAGCUCGAGUCUAGCAGCCUCGGAAUUGAUCUUAGCAUCUUGGACAUCGACAUGGACGAGCGAGCAAGGACACCGUCAGUUUCGGAGCACCAUGCGGAGAACAGCGCAUCUGAUACUGUCAGCGUUGCUGGGUCAAAUCGAACUUCAAACUCCUCCAGACGCCUCACUGUCGUCGCAAUUGACAAGCCCCUCCCCGAGGUCCCCCAGGUAACGACACCUACCGAUGAACAGCCCGUUCAUCAAUCGCCUGGCUCUUCUCGACGCUCAUCAGUUGUCGAUGACAACAUUUCUAGCGUUGCAUCAUCUAUUUCCUCACUACGACCCUCUCUCCCCCCUCUCCCCAAGCUUUCCACUACUAUUCUGUCAAGCGACGAUUACAGUCCUGUUGAUAACCAUGACGGCGACUUUAACUCAUCUUCCCGAUUUGACAGUAUGGUUGCCUCCAGCGCCGGCAGCAGCGCCACUUACCUCAGCCGCGACUCUGAAGUCAGCAUGAUUUCCCAGUCAUCAACACGGGCUACCACGCCUGACCAUGCUCUCGCUCCCCAGAAGCAACCUUCGUUGUCAAACUUGAGCAAUGGCGGCAGUUCGUCCCAUGCAGAGGAAGUUGAUGUUGAGUCAAGACUCAUGGAGAAGACCUUUGCUCAUGAGCUCAUGUUCAACAAGGAAGGUCAAGUCACUGGUGGUUCCCUACCAGCUCUUGUCGAACGCCUCACCACUCACGAAUCUACCCCUGAUGCCAUGUUCGUCUCUACCUUUUACCUUACCUUCCGCCUUUUCUGCACACCAGUCCGAUUUGCCGAGGCGCUCAUUGAGCGAUACGACUAUGUCGACGACUCUCCCCAUGUGGCCGGGCCCGUCCGCCUGAGAGUAUACAAUGCUUUCAAAGGCUGGCUUGAAUCCCACUGGAGGGAUGAGACCGAUCGCCACGCUCUUGACUUGAUCAUGCCAUUUGCCGAGUUCAAGCUGGCCUCUUCUCUGCCUUCGGCUGGUCGACGUCUAUUUGAGCUCGCUCAGCGUGUGUCUGGCGAAGGCUCUCUGGUGCCUCGCCUCGUUUCCUCAAUUGGCAAGACCAACACUGCUGCUUCAUACGUCCCCGUUGACACUCCUUUGCCCAUCCCUGCCAUUACCAAGGGUCAACUCAGUCUUCUUACUUCUUUCAAGAUGGGCAACGCUCAGCCUAGUAUCCUUGACUUUGACCCUCUGGAGCUGGCCCGUCAGUUGACCAUCAAGCAAAUGAACAUUUUCUCCUCUAUCCUCCCCGAGGAGCUUUUGGCUUCGCAGUGGAUGAAAAAGGGUGGAGUCGACGCCCCCAACGUCAAGGCCAUGUCGUCUCUUUCUACCGACCUGUCCAACCUCGUCGCUGAGACCAUUCUUCAGCAGCAAGAGGUCAAGAAGCGUGCGCAGGUCAUCAAGCAAUGGAUCAAGAUUGCACACCAGUGCCUUGAGCUUCACAACUAUGACGGCCUCAUGGCCAUCAUCUGCAGUCUUAACAGCAGCACUAUCAGCCGCCUUCGAAAGACUUGGGAUACCAUCUCUACCAAGCGAAAGGAUAUGCUUCAAACCCUCCAGGAUCUGGUCGAGCCUUCCCAGAACAACAAGGUUCUGCGAACCAGACUUCAUGACCAUGUUCCACCCUGCUUGCCCUUCCUCGGCAUGUACUUGACCGACUUGACAUUUGUCGACAUUGGCAACCCUGCUACCAAGCAGAUGUGCCUCGGCCCUGAGUCUGAGGAAGAUGGCGCUGGUGGCAUCACUGUCGUGAACUUUGACAAGCACGCCCGCACAGCCAAGAUCAUCGGAGAGCUCCAGCGAUUCCAGAUCCCCUACCGACUUACAGAGGUCCCCGAUAUGCAGGAUUGGAUGUCCUCACAAAUUAGCCACCUCCACAACAACGAGGAGGGCAAUGGUAACGUCCAAGUUAAAUACUACCGCAAGAGUCUGCUCCUGGAACCCCGCGAGACUGCCAGCCGACCUACUGUCGACACAUCAGCUGCCACCAUUGCCGGCGUUGCAGGUACUCGUGCCGAUCUUUUCAGCUGGAUUUCCCGCGAUCGAGGCACGUCGACACCUACUCCUACCCACACAUAA